AUGUCCAUUUGUGAACAAUACUACCCAGAAGAACCCGCUCAACCAACAAUCAAGACCGAUUCUAUUCCUGGUCCUGAGUCUCAAAAGCAGUUGAAGGAACUAGGUGAAGUUUUCGAUACGAGACCAGCAUAUUUCUUAGCAGAUUAUGAGAAAUCCUUGGGUAACUAUAUCGCUGAUGUAGACGGCAAUACUUAUUUGGAUUUAUAUGCACAAAUCUCCUCAAUCGCACUAGGUUAUAACAAUCCUGCCUUAAUCAAGGCAGCGCAAUCACCAGAAAUGAUCCGUGCUUUGGUUGACCGUCCUGCCUUGGGAAAUUUCCCAUCAAAGGAUUUAGACAAGAUACUAAAGCAGAUUUUGAAAUCCGCACCAAAAGGUCAAGACCAUGUUUGGUCAGGACUCUCCGGUGCAGAUGCCAAUGAAUUGGCAUUCAAGGCCGCCUUUAUCUAUUACCGUGCCAAGCAAAGGGGCUUCGAUGCUGAUUUUUCUGAACAAGAUAAUAUAUCCGUCAUGGAAAAUAACGCUCCUGGUGCUCCCCAACUUGCUGUUCUGUCAUUCAAGAAAGCCUUCCAUGGUAGACUAUUUGCCUCUGGGUCUACAACCUGUUCUAAGCCAAUUCACAAGCUAGAUUUCCCAGCUUUCCAUUGGCCUCAUGCUGAAUACCCAUCUUACAAGUUUCCGUUGGAAGACAAUGCCGAUGAAAACCGUAAAGAGGAUGACCGUUGCUUGCAAUUGGUCGAAGAAUUGAUCAAGACUUGGUCCAUCCCAGUGGCAGCUUUGAUCGUCGAACCAAUUCAAUCUGAAGGUGGUGAUAACCACGCCUCUAAGUAUUUCUUACAAAAGUUGAGAGACGUUACUUUGAAACACAAUGUUGUCUACAUCAUUGAUGAAGUGCAAACAGGUGUUGGGGCCACUGGUAAACUCUGGUGUCACGAAUACGCCGAUAUCCAACCACCUGUGGAUUUGGUGACAUUUUCGAAGAAAUUCCAAAGUGCAGGAUAUUUCUUCCACGACCCCAAAUUCAUUCCAAACAAGGCAUACAGACAAUUCAACACAUGGUGUGGUGAACCCGCCAGAAUGAUCAUUGCUGGUGCCAUUGGACAAGAAAUCUCCGACAAGAAGUUGACUGAGCAAUGUACAAGAGUGGGUAAUUACCUAUUCAAAAAAUUGGAGGAUUUGCAAAAAAAGUAUCCUGAAAACUUCCAAAGCUUGAGAGGCAAAGACAGGGGCACAUUCAUCGCAUGGGAUUUACCUACUGGUGAAAAGAGAGAUCUGCUAUUGAAGAAGUUGAAGUCUAAUGGUUGUAACGUGGGUGGAUGUGCAGUCAAUGCAGUGAGAUUGAGACCUUCAUUAACAUUCGAGGAGAAACAUGCCGAUAUUUUUAUUGAAGCAUUGACCAAAUCAGUCAAUGAGCUAUGA